UCUACGUCAUAUCUCCGGUCCCUGCGCUGCUGCUCUUCCUCCUCCUCCUCCUCCUCCAAGCUGUGGCAAAACAACUGCGGAACAAGUUACCUCGUAUGAUCCGAGUGUUUGACUCACAGGGGAAAGCAACAAGGAGAACAUGCCUGCGGUCUCUAAAGGGGACGGGAUGCGUGGCCUGGCCGUGUUCAUCUCUGACAUCAGGAACUGUAAAAGUAAGGAGGCUGAGAUAAAGAGAAUAAACAAGGAACUGGCCAAUAUCCGUUCCAAAUUUAAAGGAGACAAGGCUCUAGAUGGCUACAGUAAGAAAAAGUAUGUCUGCAAGUUGCUCUUCAUCUUUCUCCUGGGACAUGAUAUUGACUUCGGACACAUGGAGGCCGUCAACCUCCUCAGCUCCAACAAGUACACAGAGAAACAAAUUGGUUACCUGUUCAUCUCAGUGCUGGUGAAUUCUAACAGCGACCUGAUCAGCCUCAUCAACAAUGGCAUUAAGAAUGACCUGGCCAGCCGAAACCCAACCUUCAUGAACCUGGCUCUGCACUGCAUCGCUAAUGUGGGCAGCAGAGAGAUGGCGGAGGCCUUCGCUUCGGAAAUUCCCAGGAUCUUGGUGGCAGGGGACACCAUGGACAGCGUGAAGCAGAGUGCAGCACUGUGUCUGCUGCGACUCAAUAGGACGUCUCCUGACCUGGUACCCAUGGGUGAAUGGACGGCUCGAGUGGUUCAUCUGCUUAAUGACCAGCACCUGGGAGUGGUUACAGCAGCCACCAGCCUUAUUACCACUCUGGCUCAGAAGAGUCCUGACGACUUCAAAACAUCCAUCUCACUUGCUGUGGCCAGGCUCAGCAGGAUUGUGACAUCCGCAUCCAUCGACCUACAGGACUAUACAUACUACUUCGUGGCUGCACCAUGGCUAUCUGUCAAAUUGCUGCGUCUUCUUCAGUGCUACCCUCCACCUGAGGAUGCAGCGCUGCGAAGUCGUCUCACCGAGUGUCUGGAGACCAUCCUCAAUAAAGCCCAGGAGCCACCCAAGUCCAAGAAGGUCCAGCACUCCAACGCAAAGAACGCUGUUCUGUUUGAAGCCAUCGCCCUCAUCAUCCACCAUGACAGUGAGCCCACGCUGUUGGUACGGGCCUGUAACCAGUUAGGUCAGUUCCUGCAGCACAGGGAGACCAACCUCCGUUACUUGGCCUUGGAGAGUAUGUGCACGCUGGCCAGCUCAGAGUUUUCUCACGAGGCCGUAAAGACUCAUAUAGAAACUGUGAUCAAUGCUCUAAAGACUGAGCGGGACGUGAGUGUCCGUCAGCGGGCUGUGGAUCUGCUCUACGCCAUGUGUGACCGCAGCAAUGCCAAGCAGAUUGUGGCAGAGAUGCUGAGCUACCUGGAGACGGCCGACUACUCAAUCAGAGAGGAGAUAGUGCUUAAGGUGGCCAUCCUGGCAGAGAAGUAUGCUGUGGACUACACCUGGUACGUGGAUACCAUCCUCAACCUCAUCCGCAUGGCCGGCGACCAUGUCAGUGAAGAAGUGUGGUAUCGGGUCAUUCAGAUUGUCAUAAACCAAGACGACGUCCAAGGCUAUGCUGCCAAGACUGUUUUUGAGGCACUACAGGCACCCGCCUGCCAUGAGAACCUGGUUAAGGUGGGGGGUUACAUCCUGGGAGAGUUUGGUAACCUAAUUGCUGGUGACUCACGCUCCAGCCCUCUGAUCCAGUUCAACCUUCUUCACUCCAAGUUUCAUCUCUGCUCUGUACCAACUCGUGCACUGCUGCUGUCGGCUUACAUCAAGUUCAUUAACCUGUUUCCGGAAAUAAAGGCCACGAUCCAAGACGUCCUGCGGUCGGACAGCCAGCUCCGAAACGCUGACGUGGAACUUCAGCAGAGAGCCGUCGAGUACUUGAGGCUCAGCUGCAUUGCCAGCACAGACAUAUUGGCCACAGUCUUAGAAGAAAUGCCUCCUUUCCCUGAGAGAGAAUCGUCAAUCCUUACCAAGCUGAAGAGGAAGAAGGGCCCGGGCAAUCUGCCCGAUAUCGACGACGCCCGGCGGAAUGUCAAUGGCAACACUGAGCACAUCGAGAAAACUGAAGCCACUAGCAAGGAUUCCACUCACUCCUUCACAGACCUGCUGAAUCUUAACUCGACCCCUGCAGCAGGACCCAAUCUGCUGAUUGAUGUCUUCUCUGACAGCUCUACCCUGGAGGCCACAGACGUGUGCGAGGAAAACUUUACCAGGUUUGUGUGUAAGAACAACGGUGUGAUCUAUGAGAACCAGCUGUUGCAGAUUGGACUGAAGUCUGAGUACAGACAGAACCUGGGUCGCGUGCACAUGUUCUAUGGCAACAAGACAUCUACCCAGUUCCUCAGCUUCUCCUCAUCAGUGACCAGUUCUGAUGCACUCAAGACUCAGCUGAAUGUCCAGACUAAGACAGUAGAACCCGUAGUAGAAGGUGGGGCUCAGGCCCAGCAGAUCCUCAACAUUGAGUGCGUGUCAGAUUUCACAGAUGCACUGAUACUCAACAUCCAGUUCAGGUACGGUGGAGCUCUUCAGAACAUUGCAGUGAAACUCCCUGUGAUGCUGAACAAGUUUUUCCAGCCCACUGAGAUGAUGUCCGAGGACUUCUUCCAACGCUGGAAACAGCUUGGAUCGCCUCAGCAAGAGGUUCAGAAAAUCUUCAAAGCCCAACACCCGAUGGACACAGACGUUAUCAAGGCCAAGAUCUUAGGUUUCGGCGUCGCUCUGUUGGAGCAGGUGGAUCCCAAUCCUGAAAACUUUGUUGGAGCUGGAGUCAUUCACACUAAGAACACUCAGGUGGGCUGUCUGCUCAGACUUGAACCCAACGCACCAGCCGAGAUGUACCGUCUCACCCUCCGGACCAGCAGGGAAUCAGUGUCUCAGAGACUGUGUGACCUCCUCUCUGAACAGUUUUAGACUCAGCACAGCUCCAGCAUUUUUUACACCUUUACUCUCCUUUGAUUGGAACUGAUGUAUUGUACUGUGUACAUUCUCUUUUUUAUUCAAGUUAUUUUUCACACAUAUCUUUACUAAUGUGUCACUGGUUUCAACCUAGAUUAUGUGUGUGUGAUACAUGUGUUUGCGCACACACUGUGAACACCUCUGAAUGAUCGUAUGUUCUGCAGCUCUGAACAGUUUAGUUUUAGGACACGUCACACGUACGCAGAUGCAGGCAAAUGACGGGUUGAGCUCCAUGUGAAGCCACACUGGAGAUUUGCUUCCCCACAGGAAGUGAAUGUUUCAUUCGCCCCCUUGCUCGCAAAGGUUGGAAGUGAACAGAAAGCGAAGGUUCGCCAGUGAUACAUUUACGUAUGUGUGUCCAGGCCCUUAGUGUGUUUUAGCUGCUUGGUUACUGCCUUUCCUAUUUAGACAUUUUGAAGAGUCGCUGAGGAGACGUGAAUGAGACCGAGUCAGUUGAAAAUCUCAGUAGGAGAAGAAGAAGAAUUUACCAAUGAUCUCAACUAUGAAUUCAGUUGUUUCAAACCAUUGUUACACAGGACUGAAAAGCUUUUCCUCGUCUCCUCACCCACUUGCACUUUUGUAAAAACACCAAAGUCAUCUCAAUAGGAAAAUCAAAGCUUUGUAUUUUUAGUUUCAUUGGGAAGAUUUUAGCUGCAUUCAGCACAAAUUUUACACAUACAAUCCUGACACUCGGAUAAAAGGUAUGGAUAUAGAACAGCAGGUAGCAGAUGGAUAAUCAGCUUCUCACGGUGAAGAGGUCAUUUUGUUUCCAGGUUCUCUGCUUCUCUUAAGUGCCUCUAAAUCUUCUCUGUCAAGAAGAGAAAGAGCCUUCAAAAAGAUGAGAGUCUAAAGCACCACACUACACUUCUUCACAGAACACGGCCAAACCGGUGAUAUUCCCAUGUCUGUAUAACCAAGUGUAUUUUCUCUUUUAUAAAAUGUACUUGUAUUGUCAUACUUGAUGCUUUGGCUCUGUCCAAAGGUGAAAAGGAACUCCUACCGUUACGUCUAAAGCAGGAUUUAAAACAUCAAUCUGCAGUUUGAUAUGUCAAAGUCCUAAACCCUCUAAAACAGCAAUUUCUAUUUUUCACAUGGCUGUUUUUUGUACAAACACACAAGACAUGACAGGUUAUUUAAUUAGAGGUGUAUGUAGUGGGCUAUUUUUUUCACCAUUGGACUCAGCGAGUGAAGCGGCUUUCGCCUGUUUCCGGUCUGUAAUGCUAAAUUAAUCGUCCUCUGACUGUAGCUUCAUUUCUUUCUCAGACAGUGAAAGGAGAGUGAGAUCUCACUCUCAGCAUGUAAGUGAAAAGAUCGUAAACUAUUUCUUCCAUGGUUAAACAACUCACCUAUAGAUGUUACCUUAUCUGGACCUGAAAAGCUUUACUGUGACUAUGGGCCUAUAACAUAUAAUCACUUGUGUCUUGUCAGGUGCCCCGGUGUCACUUUGUGUAUCCUGUUCAGCACAAAUGUGGAAGUUCAGGGACUUCUGAUGUGUAGCAAUGAGUGAAAUCAUUAGUUUGCAAUGAUUAGAAGAAAGUUUAAUUGCUAGUGACCACUUGAAAAUGUUCUUUCUAGACUGUUUCCUGUAUUAUAGUGCUUGUGUUUAGUGUGAAAGUUGUUUUGAGACAAACACAGAAUUAACACCCGACUGAUUCUCCUCUGAAGUAUUAUGUUUGUUUAAUUUUAAUCUUUCAAUUCUUUAUUCUGGUUUUGUGACUGAACUGUUGUGGCUCAGACUGAGCGCUCUGCUGAGUCAGGCCGCUGCACACGACCUGCCCACCAGCACCAAAUGAAACGCAGUGUUUCAGUAACACAAUAUAGAUGAGAGCAGGCCGCCAGAAACACAACACAAAUGCUGAUGAUAGUCAGUUUGCUACAUGUGUAAUUAGGCUGCUUGUUAUAAUAUCUGAGGUGAUAAUUCAAUGUUCUGUUUACAGCUUGUUUUUCCGCACAUGGCACAACAAUUCAGUGAAUGCAUGUUCAAAGCAGCAGAACCUGUGUCUUUACAUAUUUUUGUGCAGUAUACUCUGCAGUAGUAUAAACUAUGUUUGGGUCAGUGUAUUGUACUGACUAAACAGUACAGACACAUGCUCAACCAGACCUCUGCUUUUUACCAGUGUCCAGAUCUAGUCCAGUCCUACGCACAACCUUAGUGAUGUAAUGAAAACUUAUUGAUUUGAUCAAUUAGUGAUCACACAAAAAAAAUCGAUUGUUGAUGUGUAGCAUGAGGUUACAUUAAACUAUGCUGUAGAUCUUUGGGCCUUGUCAGUAACAGCACCAUGUACUGAGUGAAUCUGUUGCUUUAUCCACUGAACUCCAUGUUUUGGAUCCGUUGCCAUUUCAGCUGUGGACCUCGGUGUCUCUCUCUCUCUGUGCCUCCUAACAAGGGCUCCUGGGCCUGACAGGAAUGUGCUGGAUGUGGUGUUGCUCUUCAAUAUCCUCAUACAAUAGAUGUUUUUACAAAUAAACACAAGUGUAAUCAUAUUACUUACCUUUUUAUGGAAAUAAACAUUUACUACACUAUAA